GCAGCGAGUCUACCCGACAAUCUAUUCAAGAUGGCAGACAGAGAGUUUGAAGAAUUUCGCCAAUAUUUUGAACAGCUACCGCAACACAUUAAGGCUCCCUCCUCCUGCUAUACCGCUACCGAGGGAGAGGCCACAGUGGACGGUGCAGGAGCCAGAGUCCCUGUUGUGGAGCCCCUAUUCAUCAGGGAGGAAUCCUAUCUCUGCGGCAAACCCCUAGGAGCCUCUAGUGAACCCGAGGCCGGCAAACGUGUUAAUGCUGCUUACAAGGAGGCCGGUGCCACCCACGGUAAGGCUCGAGCCGUCGGCCCCAAGGUCACCAAGACCUCCGUCACGUUUCCGACGUGUCUGCGGGACGUGUUGGCUACCUAUGAUCCAGAAGACGUCUUCAGCGCCGGGGAGUUCGCGCUCUACUACUCGCUGGUGCCGGAGACGCGCACCACAAAGACUCCUCGACGGGAGUUUUAUGGUUCUUGCGCCAAGUCGGACAGGCGCCUGACGGUGCUCUUGGCGGUCAACAUGUCUGGCACCGCAAGACUCCCUCUUUUUGUUGUUGGGCGGUUGGCCAUGUCCAGCAGAAGCUUCAGGGGCGUCCACACUCUGCCGGCUUCCUACAGGAAGGAAAAACACGCUAAACUGACGGCUGCCAUUUUUGAGGAAUGGAUAAGGGAGAUUGAUCAAACCUUGUUUGACUCCCAGCGUAGCGUCGUCAUGGUUCUCGAGAAGAACACCGCUCACCCUCCCCUAAAGGACCUGAGAGCAAUUACUCUAAUUUUCUUUCCUGAUAACGCCAACAAGAUCCAGCCACUGCGAGAGGGAAUUAUUCUAAUUCGGUAUCAAAGGGAAAUUUGUGGCGGUAACUUGGAAGUGUUAUUUCCUUACUAA